CCCCGCCACUUUCCGAGAAGCUUCCCAACCAUAACCAACAAAACUUCAAUCUUUUGUUCUAUAACUUUCGCUUCUCAAGCUACAACAAAAUAAGUCGAAGCCUUAACCGCAAUACCUGCAAAACAAAACAAGUUAAACAAACAAAAGCAAAAAUACUUAUGCUUAUAACCAUGACUUCUCCGUCACCGGGACAUCGGAGAAAAUUCUCCGGCAAGACCUCAAUGAGUUCUAACCGUAAGCUUAAUCAGAACACAUCGACAGAGAAACAUUCCGGCAUUGUUGAUCGCCGAUAUGUGUCAACUACGCCGAAGAUGCAAACCAAUGACUCGGUUUUUCGGCUAUCGAAACUGCUAAUGAAGGUGACAAUCGAGAACAGGUUGGGCGCAAUACAGAUGCUGAUGUUGCCUGAGGACACCGUUGGCGAUUUGAUAGAGGCAACGUUGGUGUUUUACGAGAAGGAAAAGAGGAGGCCAAUUUUGAUGAACACUGAUCCAAGGUGUUACGACCUUCACUAUUCCAAAUUCACUUUCCAAAGUUUGAAGCGAAACGAGAAGUUAGUGGACUUGGAAUCGAGGAAUUUCUUCCUCUGCUCAAACCCACCCGUUUCUUCAAGCACCCAGAAACAGAAUGUGCCAAUGGACUCUGCAUUUCCUUGGAUGAUUUUAGUCCAUCUCCUGUUAUAAAUUACUUUUUAGUUAUAUAAAUAUUUUUCUUUUAACCAUCAAUAUAAGUAUAUUAGUAUUGUCACUGUUAUCAACUCUUUCACUCUUCAAAUACAUACUUUCUAAUACCUUAUGUCUCCUAUAUAAAUAUCUAAUAUACGUAAAAUUAAUCA